AACUGAUAAUUAUGCACUGGAUCGAAACUCGUUCCAAAACUUUAUUCGAAAUUCGAGUCUUAGCCUAAGCCUUAUGCAGUAAUACUAAUAUUCUAAUUAGGAAAACAAAUGUUUUAUGAUGCGGAAGCCGGAAGGGUGGUUGCUUCUUUUUAAAAACAACAAUCUAAGACCAAUAACUGAACAAGAGAGGAAAAGAUCACAAUGGCUGAUGAACAAUUUACAGUGUAUGAUGCGGACACGCAACAGAUCGUGAUCAACCAGGGAGAUGACAAUCAGGCCGUACACGGAAUUCACUACAUCACGCAGGAUGGGCAGGUCGUCCAGGUAUCUGAUGGUCAGGCCAUCUACUCAACACAGUCCAACACUACCACUCAGGCCGGUUCACAAGUUAUCUCAAACACAGCAAACGUGCAGAUGAUUUCCACCGGCCAGGCUCUGGGUCAGGCAACAACCAUGGUGCAGGGUAGCAACGUCAUACAGACACAGCCAGUCGUACAACAGCAGCAGCAGGCAGCAUCCGUCACGUCAGCAGUUAAUGCGGCAGGCAUUCCACAGAUGUUGUUUUUAAACCAAGUUACCAUUAACGGACAGACAUCGUUUGUGCUGGUUGAUGCAAACAACAAACCAGUGCAGUUGCCACAAGGUAUCCAAGUGAUUAAUUUACCUUCACAGCAGAUGGGACAGCAACUACCAAUGCCGGGAUCGGACACGGGCGAUGAACCACUGUAUGUGAACGCCAAGCAGUACCACAGAAUUCUCAAACGACGGCAGGCUCGGGCCAAGCUGGAGGCUCUCGGCAAAAUACCAAAAGAGAGACAGAAAUAUUUGUACGAAUCUCGCCACAAGCAUGCACUGAACCGACACCGCGGCACUGGCGGUGUGUUUGUGAGUGGCGGGAAUGGUGAGGAGGAGACGGAGAACAGCGCUUCUAACAAUGUGAACCACCGGUCGAACCGAAUCCUCAUCGCGGGGUCCGACCUGCAGAAUGAACCUCAGACACUUCUUCCACACCCCGCGCAGUCCGGCCCAGGCGAUAUUCUCACCUCUCUCGAAGAAACGUGAAAACAUUCCACAGAAAGAUUGGGCAAAUAAAAGUAUGGACAAUUUUAUAACUGUAGUGGUGUUACUACCACUUUGUGAGACGGUCAUAAAACAGCAAACUUCAUGACUACUGAAAAUGACAUUUUGGUUAAAACUUGCUGAAAUGAAUUAUAUUUGAAGACGGUGUGUGGCAAAUUAACAAAAGAAAUUUACUUUUGUGACCUGCACUAAUCAUCAUGAAAACUUUCCGUUUAUUGGAAAACAAAAUGGCUACAGACAUGUACAGUAUAUUUGAGAAAUGUGUAAAAGAAUGUUUGAUGAUGAGUUGUAUUUGUACAGACCUUUUGAAUCUCUCCCAUGGGAGAUUUCUCUUAAUGCAGUUCAAGUAUUGCGAGCAACUGUGGAAAUAUUGCUUGUUUUUCUACGUGUAUUUAAAUAAUAAACAUGUAUAAAGUGACA